UUUAUGUCCAUGGCGUCGGCCGUGUGCUGCAUCGGAGGGAUCGGCGGCCUCUCUUCGCAGAGCACCGCGCGCCUCGGCAACGUGCUGGGCAUGUCGGGGGUGGCCUUCGGAGUGGCGGCCACGGUGGGGACGCUCGCGCCCGGCCCGGCGCAACUGGCGCAGCUGGCCGGGCUGAUGGGCGUCGGAGGCGUGGGCGGAUACCAGGUGGCGAAGAGGGUCGGCCCCUCCGAGCUCCCCCAGACGGUGGCGGCGUUCCACUCGCUCGUGGGGCUCGCGGCCUGCGGGACCGCGGUGGGCGACUACACGCACCACAUGCACGACCCGGCGGCGACGGCGGACGCCGUGCGCAUGAGCGCGGUGUACCUGGCAUCCUUCAUCGGCGGAGCUACGGCUACCGGCUCGGUCGUAGCCUUCGGGAAGCUGCAGGGACUGCUGCCGUCUGCAGCCCUCAAGCUGCCCGGUAGGGACCCGAUGAACGCGGGCGUGGGGCUGGCGUGCCUGGGGGGCAUGGCUGCCUUUGUCGUCGGCCCUUCUUCUCCUGCGAUGGGAUGCGCGCUGCUCGGACUCUCCGCCGCCGGAUCGGGCUUCUUGGGGGCGCACAUGACUGCAUCCAUCGGGGGUGCCGACAUGCCGGUGGUUAUCACCGUGCUGAACUCGUACUCGGGGUGGGCCCUGUGUGCCGAGGGCUUCAUGCUGGACAAGCCGCUGCUUACCGUGGUGGGGGCACUCAUCGGCUCUUCUGGGGCGAUCUUGACGGACAUCAUGUGCAAGGAGAGAAGCGGCGGGUGGGGAGGGGUCAGAUAUGGGUUAAUUGCCACGUGCUACUCACUCAACCGGCGAAAAUCGUUGGCCGCCACUGCACCUCACGACACUUGUUUUUUUGUCGUCCGCAAGGCGAUGAACCGCGACAUCGUGUCCGUGCUCCUCGGAGGCUUCGGGACCAAGGCCACCGCGGGUGGCGAGGCCAUGGCCAUCGAGGGCGAGGCCACCAUGACCACCGCACCCGACGUGGCAACAGCGCUCACCGAGGCGAACUCGGUUAAGUUCGCCGUGCACCCCGUGGCGGGGAGGAUGCCGGGGCAGCUGAACGUCUUGCUGGCGGAGGCGGGCGUGCCGUACGACAUCGUGUACGAGAUGGAGGAAAUCAACGAUGAGAUGAGCUCGGCCGACGUGUGCCUCGUGGUGGGCGCGAACGACACGGUCAACAGCGCCGCCGAGGAAGACCCCAACAGCUCCAUCGCCGGCAUGCCCGUCAUCCGGGUUUGGGAAGCCAAGCGCGUGGUUGUGAUGAAGCGAACCCUGGCCACUGGGUACGCCGGCGUGGACAACCCCGUCUUCUUCAAGCCCAACACGGACAUGCUGCUCGGCGACGCCAAGGCCACGAUAGAAGAUCUCCUCGGCGAAGUCAAGGCGCACUACUCGCACAAAUAACCACGCGAAAUUAAAUCAUUGUUUGUGCAUAGAUUUGGCCGCACGCCCUGGCUGUGGUAAAAGACGUCGGUGAUUUUGAGUGAUGGCAUAUUUGCCGUGUGCUUGACGGGUGUUGAUC